GUUUGCAUCUGCAGGAGAUGAUGGCAUUAUAUUUCUCUGGAACGCUCAGACCGGAGAAAAACUUUCUGAACUUCAUGGACACACACACAAAAUUACAGCUAUAGCACCAUUUCCUUCGUCAGAUGCUUCUGAAUUAAAAAACCACUUAAUUUUAACAGCAUCAGCUGAUAGAACAGUUAUUGUUUGGGACUGCAGUAGUGGCAGACAGGUUCAGAAAGUGUCAUGUUUCCAUUCUACUGUCAAGUGUUUGACAGUUCUUCAAAGACUGAAUGUAUGGUUGUCUGGAGGGAGUGAUCUAUGUGUUUGGAACCGAAAAUUAGAUCUCUUGUGUAAGACCAGUCAUCUUACUGAUGCAGGUAUCAGUGCUUUGCUUGAAUUGCCUAAAAAUUGUGUUGCGGCAGCUGUUGGCAAAGAGCUAAUAAUUUUUAGGUUGAUUGCUUCUAAUGGCGGAUCUGAAGGUUGGAAUAUCCUUGAAUUAAAACGCCUUGUUGACCAUCAGGAUAACAUUUUGUCAUUAGUCAGUGUCAAUGACUUUACUUUUGUGACAGGUUCUCAUGUGGGUGAGUUAAUAGUUUGGGAUGCACUUGACUGGACAAAGCAGGCAUCCGAGUGCAACUUCUGGGACUCGUCUGUUCAUCCGGAUGUGCAGCCAGAAAUAAAGUUAUCCCAAAGCCCAAAUGAAACUUCAGUUCAACAUUUGACAUCUGAUGAGGAGUGUGUGUUUGCUGCUGUUGGGAAAGGCAUAUACGUAUAUAAUCUUCAAAUGAAGCGUGUGAUUGCCUGCCAAAGAACUGCUCACGACUCUUCUGUACUGCACAUUGAGAAGCUCCCAAACAGGCAGCUGAUCUCCUGUUCAGAAGAUGGCAGUGUGCGCAUUUGGGAGCUCCGAGAAAAGCAGCAGCUGCCAGCUGAACCAGUUCCAACAGGGUUUUUCAACAUGUGGGGAUUUGGAAGGGCAAACAAGCAGGCAAAUCAAGCUGCUAAGAAGAUGCAGGAAAAUACACCUGUGUAUUUCUUGGAGCUGGUUGGUGAUUUGAUUGGUCAUUCGUCAGCUGUGCAGAUGUUCCUGUAUUUUGGUGAACUGGGACUGGCUACGUGCUCUGCCGACCACCUCAUCAUUUUGUGGAAGGAUGGUGAACGAGAAUCUAGACUCCGCAGUUUAACACUGUUUCAAAAAUUGGCGCAAAAUGGUGAUUUGCAGCUCAGAUUUUAA